GGUGAUGAGGCCCCUCGCGCUCUGAGCAGAGGAAGAAGAAACCCUCAGAGGAAAGUCACCGUUUAACCAAGAGUGUCACAAAGAAGAAGAAGAAGAAGAAGAAGAAUCACACAAUGAGUGAAUCAGAACAGAAACCAUCGUGUCCCCCCACCCAGCAGCCCGAGGAGGUGAGCGAGCCCCAGUGGCCUGAGAACGGAGGCGAGUGGAGCGAUGCAGAGGAGGAGACCCACAUGGACUGUGGUCUGCUGCAGGCCAUGGCCGAGGAGGACGAGGACAUCAACGUCCACAACGAGGAGACAUUUGGAGCCGAUCUCGAGGCCAGUGAGUCUCCAGAGGAACUGGGCGGCAGUCUCCUUUCGUUUGCAGAGCUGCCGCCGCCUCCCCCGCCUCCCCCGCCAUCGCCACCACUACCGGACCCCUCCCCUCCGUCUCACCGCAGCUCCCCCUCCCCUCCCAGACAGAAGACACAGGAGCUGCCCCGGGGCCCCCCCCGGCAGUGCAGCAGGGGCAGGGGAUACAGGGGCGGCCUGAACAGGGGACAGAUGUUUGAGGAUCCAGCUGUGAUGAGGACAGUGGAGGGACGACCCAAUGUCAAGACUCUUGACAGUGCCAUCGUGGACUGUGGAGACACCAUGUGCCAGGAAAUCUGUGAGGACGACUGGAUGGCGCCGUCUUACAGAAAAAACAGGCGGAUCUCGGGUUCACUACUUCAGGACCAUGCUAUAGUUUGUGUGAUUGAUGGUCACAGAGGCGGAGGUCAGCACCUGACCGCCGACCUCCUGGAUUUGCCAUAUGCUGUCAGGAGAGGGGAACCCAGAAGUCCCUACUGCAGGAGACAGUUUGGUGAAAGAGGCCCGUCGCAGAUGCAUUCACCACUGUUGCCAGGGUCGCCCAUCUUCUCACGCCAGCCUCUGACCCCGCGGCAGCUUUACAAUCAGACGGGGAGGUUCAUGUUUCCCUUCAGCCGCCCGUGUCCGUCCACUCCUCAGUCUCUGACUCCUAAGAUGAUGCAACUUCGCUUUGGUGCCAACUCCCCGAGACCAUCCCCCUUUUACAGCCCCUCGUCCAAUCCGGUGCAGCAUUUCAGGUACCCAGGUCCCGUCACUCAGCUCCACCCCCAGCACAAACGACUACUCAGUCAAAAACAACGUGGGUUCCAAAGAAAGAUGGACGGCUGGGAUCCUUACUGUAAUCUCAUGACCAUCAAAGAGAGGGAGUGGAUCACCAGGCUGCAGAUGAUUCAGCUGCAAAGUGAGAAUCCUUAUCUCGAGGAUUAUUACUACCAGGAGUACUAUCGACGGAUAGAAGCUAAGAUGGCCGAGGAGGAGCUCGGCAUCAGGAGCAAGAGGGAGCCGCCCAAGCUCACCACACCGUACAUCACCAAGACGGAAUCCUACGCACCAGUUGUGCACAUCGAAGGCUCUUUGGGUCAAGUGGCUGUCUCCACGUGUUACUCCCCCCGUCGAGCCAUCAGUGCAGUUAAUGCCGUCCAGGCUCAGGGUCCACUGGAGGAGCAGAAAGACGUAAGACAGCAGCGGUUAGAGGUCCUCAGCAAAAUCGAGAAGCUGUUCGUGGCUCUGUUGGAGGUGGAGGAGACGGCGAGAGUAAAAACCCCUGUCCUGUCUGAAGCAGAGGAGAGACUGCUGGUGGAGAAAACCCAGUUCAAGGUGCAGCACAUCUACUCCCAGCUGCAGAACCACUACCCUGCAGAUUCAGGAGGGGAGUUUCUUCCUUUCCUGCACGUCUCAAAAGGGAAAAAGCUUCUCUCCCGUCUGAUUCCGUUCCUGAAGCACGAUCCUGCCCUGAAGAUCUUGCGUAUCGUGACAUCGAACCUGCCAACGCUGAUGAGCAAAGACACAGAAGAGGCUCUUCCAGUUCUUUACCCUCCCCUUCGAAAUGUGAUCGGAGCACUGACGUUCAGUCAGCUCAUUAGAGUCCUGAAGGAUCUGACGUCCUCGGAGGCUCUGUCCACUUACGAGUGUCUCACGCUGGCCUGUCAGAACAAGUUCGGACUGUCGUUGCUGUACGCUCUCCUCUCCCAAGGGGAGAAGCUGCUGUCCUCGGGCGUUCCUCUGGAGCCCAGCAUCGGGGACUUUGAGACCUGGACCGACACAAUAUUCCAGGUGGCGGGGCAGCUGUCCCAGUGUUCGCUGGUGGAGCCGCUCAUUCUGCCCUCGAACCUGCUCACUCUCUUCUGCCGUUACCUGGACAAGCGCACCGUGCAUCAGCUGAAAAGCAACAUGGAGUCUGUGACUGGAUUCCUGGCUCUUCCAUCAUAAGCUGGACUGAAGCUGACUAGAUGCUCGGCUGAUAACCAGGUUGUAGUGAGCAGUGAGAGGAGCAGAAGCACAAACUCCUCAGUGUUCGUUAUAACGGAAGCUCUGUAACAUAAUGUGAUUACUGUUAAAAAAAAAAUGCUUUAAUUCUUAUUCCCCUCCCUCCCUCGUCCCUUCACGUUUCUGCACUCCAACUGUUUCCCUUUUUAUUUCCUUUAUCUGAUCUUUUUUACUUUCCUCCCAUUGGUCUCCACCCAGUUGUCUGAAAUUACAAGCUGCGUUUCUUUUUUCCCAUUUCAUUAUUUUAACCUUAAGGUGUUGAUCACUUCAUUAGAUCGACACGGUGGCAUUAACUGGUGGAUGAGGCGGUUUAACGGCUUCUAUCAAACCACAUUACAUGUAUUUAUAUCUGAAAGAUAAUUACAUUUAGGACAAUAAAUCUGAGAUAAAUGUCCUUGCUCAGAUAUAUGCAAAACCUUUUUUACUUAAACCUAAUCCCAAAGUAAUUUAUUUAUUACUGAUCUCAUAUAAAAAACAAUCAUUGUUAAGAAGUGAAUCCUUCUUUCCUUCAAUACUCACUUUUCUUUUCUGUGAUACAAAAUAUAAGCACAUAGUGGAACUCCUGUUUCCAAAAGUAGCAUCUUAGUUCAUUAGGAGAAUAAACUACGUGUUGUAUAGGACAAUGGUGACCAGGUUGAGGAUUGUAUAGUAAUAUGAUUGUACAGCUGAACCUGUGUUCAUAUAUCGUUUUUGUUUUUGCAAAAAAAGCAUGCAUUGUGUAUACAUGUGUUGAAAUACUAAAUAUGAUGUAUUUGUAAUUUUCCCUCUCAGAUGUUUCAGUUGUAAAGAGAUUUUUAUUUUAUUGUAUUCAUUUGGAAACAGGAAAUAAUUUAAAUUGCACCAUUGUCGAGCACUUGCAACAUAAAUAAAAAAAAUAUUU